AUUCAAUGACUCGAAUCAUCGAAAUUCCAACUCCGUGUCGGGUGCUCUCAACAUUUAAAAACCCUUCCGUGACGGUACUUGCACGUGCGAAGACUUUGCCGGCGAGCGACACGCUCCACACACGUACGGCCAAACACACAACACCCCCGCUUCUCCCUCCUAGAGUCUCUCCAUCUAGACAUAGAUUAUCCCUUUCAGCUCUCUCUCUCCCACGCCCUUACCUCACAUUUUCCGUCGGGAAGACUCUGCAACAGUGAGAAAGAUCUCUUCUUCUUCGAAGCUAUUUUACGAUGUCGGCGAAAACUGUUAAAGUUAGCAAUGUGUCCUUAGGAGCAUCUGAGCGAGACAUCAAAGAGUUCUUUUCUUUUUCUGGUGAUAUUGAAUAUGUUGAAAUGCGAAGUGAUAAUGAGCGGUCUCAAAUUGCUUAUGUUACCUUCAAGGAUUCACAGGGAGCUGAGACUGCAGUUCUUCUUUCGGGAGCAACAAUAGUUGAUCUGUCUGUCAGCAUAACUCCAGAUCCAGAUUACAAGCUGCCACCUGAGGCUUCCGCGCCACCUGCAACACAAAAUAAAACGCCAGGUGGUACUGAAUCUGCUUUUAGAAAGGCAGAGGAUGUGGUUAGCAGUAUGCUUGCUAAGGGCUUCAUCCUGGGCAAAGAUGCAGUCGGCAAAGCAAAGGGCUUUGAUGAGAAACAUCGGUUAUCCUCAACAGCCACAGCCAAAGUCACCUCUCUUGACCAAAAAAUUGGGUUCAGUGAGAAAAUAAGUGUGGGAGCUUCUGUGGUUGGUGGCAAAGUACGUGAAGUGGAUCAGAAAUUUCAGGUUUCAGAGAAAACCAAAUCGGCAAUUGCUGUUGCAGAGCAAAAAGUUAGUAGUGCUGGAUCUGCCAUAAUGAAGAACCGGUAUGUAUUAACCGGGGCUACAUGGGUGACUGGGGCUUUCAGCAAGGUUGCAAAGGCAGCUGAGGAAGUUGGCCAGAAAACAAAAGAGAAAGUGGGAAUGGCCGAGGAGGAGCAGAAAAGAAAAAUGGUGGAUGACUAUGCUCAAAUUUAUCUCUCCGAGUCUCCAAAAGCAUCUGCACCAAGUGAGCAGCAGCAACCUUCUAAACCAGCACCUGCUCAAGGUUUAAUCCUUUGACAAGCUAUUUACUGUAAAUACAAUUUGUCCGAAUUCAAAAAUCCCUCACUGGAUUACUUGCUCUGUGUUUUAGUGUGAAAAGGGACUGUAGGACAAAUUCCCCAACUAGUUGGUCAUGAUUUCAUUUAAUUUGACAUUUCUUUAUUUGGUUCAGGCUUUA